CGCUGAAAACACACCGAAAUAACGGAAUGUGACGCACAAUGGAUGUAUAUCUCAGUUAGUACUUGAUUACCAGAACCUCCCCGGUUGGCUUUGAUGGUAAAACCCGGGUUCGGACUGAAGUGUGCUGAGUUUUUCCUGCCUCAUGAUGGUUUGGUGCUGAAUGGAGCUUCAUGGUGGGAAGCCGAGCUUUAUGAUGGAUUAUUUACUGGUUCUGUGCAGCCUUCUGCUGCCUGUAGUGUCUGCAGUUGAAGAGACACUCAUGGACAGCAGACUGGCCACGACUGAGCUCGCCUGGACCACCUAUCCGGAAAGCGGGUGGGAGGAGGUCAGCGGCUACGACGACUCCAUGAACCCCAUCCGGACGUACCAGGUGUGUAACGUCCUGGAGCCCAACCAGAACAACUGGCUCCGGACGGACUUCAUCCCCCGCCAGGGCGUGCUGCGGGUCUACGUGGAGCUCAAGUUCUCGGUACGCGACUGCGCCAGCAUCCCCAACAUCCCCGGGUCCUGCAAGGAGACCUUCAACCUGUUUUAUUACGAGUCCGACGGGGACACGGCCUCGGCCACCAGUCCGCCCUGGAGGGAGAACCCCUACAUCAAGGUGGACACCAUCGCCCCGGACGAGAGCUUUUCUCUCUUAGAGUCGGGGAUCGUGAACACCAAAGUGCGCAGCUUCGGCCCGCUCUCCAAAGCCGGCUUCUACCUGGCCUUCCAGGACCUGGGUGCCUGCAUGUCCCUGAUCUCCGCCCGGGUCUUCUUCAAGAAGUGCUCCACCACCAUCGCCAGCUUCGCCGUCUUCCCUGAGACCGCCACGGGCGCCGAGGCUACCUCGUUGGUCAUCGCCAGCGGGGCGUGCGUCCCCAACGCCGGCGAGGUGUCCGUUCCUCUCAAGCUCUACUGCAACGGCGAUGGCGAGUGGAUGGUUCCUGUGGGGUCCUGCACCUGCAUGCCGGGUUACGAGCCCGCCAAGAAGGACACGCAGUGCCAGGCGUGCACGCCCGGAUCCUUCAAGUCCCAGCAGGGCGAGAGCUACUGCAUGCCGUGCCCCCCCUACAGCCGCGCCACUUCCUCCGGCUCCAGCGUGUGCCCGUGCCAGAGCGGAUACUACCGCGCCGACGGCGACUCGCCCGACUCGCCCUGCACCACCGUCCCAUCAGCCCCUCUGAGCGUCAUCUCCAGCGUGAACGAGACCUCGGUGUCCCUGGAGUGGGCGGAGCCACGGGACUCGGGCGGCCGGGCCGACCUGGUCUACAACGUGGUGUGUAAGAAGUGCGAACACGGCUCCUGCCGGCGCUGCGACGACAACGUGGACGUGGCGCCGCGCCGCCUGGGCCUCGCCGUGAGGCACGCGGCCGUCAGGAACCUGCAGGCCCACACGCACUACAGCUUCGAGAUCCAGGCCGUCAACGGCGUCUCGGCCAAGAGUCCGGUACCGCCGCGCUACGCCACCGUCAACAUAACCACCAAUCAAGCGGCCCCUUCGGCUGUACCCACGGUCCACCUGAUGCGCUCCACAGCGAGCACCCUCAGCCUGUCCUGGCUGCCCCCGGAGCGACCCAACGGCGUCAUCCUGGACUACGAGAUCAAAUACCAGGAGAGGGGUGAAUCGUUCUCCCACACGGUCACGGCUCAGACCAGCUCAGCCAGGGUGGAGGGGCUGAGGUUGAGCACGGUCUACACGGUCCAGGUUCGAGCCCGAACCGUCGCCGGCUACGGCAGCUACAGUCAUCCGGUGGAGUACAGCACCAGUCUGCACGAUGAUCCGGAGCGCUCGGUGCAGGACCAGCUGCCCCUGAUCAUCGGCUCCGCCCUGGCCGGCUUCGUGGUCAUCGUGGCCACCGUGGUCAUCGCCGUGCUCUGCCUCAGGAGGCAGCGCACCGGCUCCGAGCUGGAGUACACCGAGAAACUGCAGCAGUACGUGUCUCCCGGUGUGAAAGUCUACAUCGAUCCGUUUACCUACGAGGACCCCAACGAGGCGGUGCACGAGUUCGCCCGCGAGAUCGACAUCUCCUGCGUGAAGAUUGAGGAAGUCAUCGGAGCAGGGGAGUUCGGCGAGGUGUGCCGCGGCAGGCUGAAACAGCCCGGCAGGAAGGAAGCUGCCGUGGCCAUCAAGACCCUGAAGGCCGGCUACACGGAGCGGCAGAGGCGGGACUUCCUGGCAGAAGCGAGCAUCAUGGGUCAGUUCGACCAUCCUAACGUCAUCCACCUGGAAGGGGUGCUGACCAGGAGCUGCCCGGUGCUGAUCGUCACGGAGUUCAUGGAGAACGGCGCUCUGGAUUCCUUCCUCAGGCUUAACGACGGCGGUUUCACGGUGACCCAGCUGGUCGGGAUGUUACGCGGGAUCGCGGCCGGGAUGAAGUACCUCUCGGACAUGAACUACGUCCACCGGGACCUGGCGGCCCGAAACGUGCUGGUCAACAGCAACCUGGUGUGCAAGGUCUCCGAUUUCGGCCUCUCGCGCUUCCUGGAUGAGAACUCGGCCGAUCCCACCUACACCAGCUCACUGGGUGGAAAGAUCCCCAUCCGCUGGACGGCCCCGGAGGCCAUCGCCUUCCGCAAGUUCACUUCGGCCAGCGACGUGUGGAGCUACGGCAUCGUCAUGUGGGAGGUGAUGUCGUUCGGGGAGCGGCCCUACUGGGACAUGAGCAACCAGGACGUGAUGAAUGCGGUGGAGCAGGACUACAGGCUGCCGCCGCCCAUGGACUGUCCGGCGGUUCUUCAUCAGCUCAUGCUGGAGUGCUGGCUGAAGGAACGGAACGCCCGGCCGCGCUUCACCCACAUCGUCAGCACCCUGGACAAGCUGCUGCGCAACGCCGCCAGCCUCAAGCCGCUCAGCUCCGCGCACUCAGGGGACCUGUAUCGUGCCGGCGGGACCCUGCCCGGCCACCAGAGGAAGGCUUUGGGUGGCGUGCAGGACAUGAGACAAAUGAGCCAAACCCUCCCGAUUCGAGUCUGAGGCACGGAGAGAAAGCAUCUGCUGACUCCGGAUACGGGGAUCGGAGCGUCCUCUGAGGAAGGCUUCAUCGUAAAUAACAGUACAGGACUCUGUCGGAGACGGUUCUUCCACAGCCGCCGUGCAGUAUAAUGGAAUAUAUAUAUAAGUAAAUAAAUAAAUAUAUACGUCAAGCGUC